CUAUGCAGGAGAGAAGCUCAGAAAGGUAAUUUUCUAGUCCUCUCAAAGCUGGAUAACAACAAAGCUUCGUUAGAUAUGGAGAGAUGCGACACUAACGGCAUCUAUUCGGUCUUUCUUAACCUUCUUUUCUAUGAAUUUGUCUACUUAUAGUGCUUGUCGGUCUCCGUUACUACGGGUAUUGGAUGUGGUUGACAGAUAUCCCAAAGAUGAGAUUCUACAGCUAAUUAACUCAAGAUAUGUCUCUUGCACGGGUUUGAUCUCUAUGUCGUCGUCUUCUAUAUUAUCCCGACUUUGGUGCCUACAAACCUUAGUUGUUGGUGGAGAGUUGACUCUACCAAGUGAGAUAUGGCAGAUGCCCCAACUUCGACAUGUUCAGGCGCGGAGAAUUUCUCUACCUGAUCCUCCUUCACGUGGCGAAAAAAUCACAGUUCUUGAAAAUCUACAAACACUUUCAAUAGUCAAAGAUUUCAAAUGUACUAAAGAGGUAACUAAACGAAUCCCGAAUCUGAAGAAGUUGGGAAUUGUUUGUCCGACAAUUGGAUCGUAUAGUUUAAGCAAUCUUGGGUUUUUCCAUAAACUUGAAUCACUUAGUCUAGCAUUUGUUGGUACGCGUGGUCGUGGUCCUCGUGGAAACAUGGUCUUUCCAAGUUCACUUAAAAAAUUGGUCUUAAGUGAAUGCAAGAUUCCAUGGGAAGAUAUGUCCAUUGUUGGUUCCUUACCGAAUCUUGAAGUUCUCAAACUGCAGUCGAAUGCUGCUGUAGGGCAAAAGUGGAUUUCAAAUGAAGGGGAAUUCGCUCGACUCAAGUACUUGUUGAUUCAUGAGUGUGAGUUGGAGAUUUGGGAAUCAGAAAAUACACAUUUCCCAUGUCUUGAGCAAAUGCAUCUCGGAACCGUGAGCCUGAAGGAGAUCCCUUCCGAUUUUGCAGAAAUAUUACCACUUCAAGUGAUUGACUUGUACCGCUGCAAAAGUUCCCUAUUGGCAUCGGUAAAGGAAGUAUCGGAGGAAAGAGAGAACCUAGGAUAUGACGCUCUUCAAAUUCGAAGUUCUGUGUUUGCACUGCUCACAAUUUCUGUGCAGAGAGGUAUCAAUCUUGCUCUUGGCAAUGGCCGCAGCAGAGAUCCUUAUGCUGUUGUCAGGAUGUCCAAACAGAUUUUGAAGACUCAUGUUGUUAGAAAGACUGUUAAUCCCGAAUGGCAUGACGAUUUGACGGUAGCUGUUUUAGAUCCUAGUCAACCAGUUUCUGUGACAGUGUACGACAAAAACAUGUUCAGUGCGGAUGAGAAGAUGGGAGACGCAGAGUUUGAUAUUAGACCAUUUGUACAAGCGUUUAAGAUGCAUCCAAAUGCCCUACCAAACGGUACAAUAACCACAAGAAUAUUGCCUUCAAGCUCGAAUUGCCUGUCUGAAGAGAGUUUCAUUUUCUGGAAGGAUGACUAUCUAAUGCAGGAUAUGUGCCUCGGAUUGAGAAAUAUCGAAUCCGGCCAAGUCAAACUUCAGCUGCGGUGGAUUGAUAUUCCUGGCGACGAAGAUUCUUAGACCACAUCUUGUUGUAGCUUCUCGUUUCUUCGUAUCGUGGAUUUUUUUUAAUAGUUUUAUUAUUUCUUUCUUCCCUUCUUUCUUUUGUUUGGUUUUUCGUAUUGAAAUUUCUCUGGGAAUGAAAACUUCACGUUUAAGUACGACAAAAUUUUGACUUGUGCAAUCAAUUUUGGACUUCUGAAAAAAA